CGAUGAAAUUGGUGAUUGACUUUAUUUUUACUGACUAAUCAGUCUUGAACCGACAAAAUGGGCAAGAACAUCCUAAUUCUGGGUUUUAUCGCCAUUUUUGCAACCGCGUUAGCUGUUGAGUGUCCCGACCAAGACGAGAAUAGUGAAGCCAUCUACUACCCACACGAAACUGAAUGUGGAAAGUUCUACGAGUGUGAUCACGGAACAGCUACACUUUUCAACUGCCCCAAUGGACUCUACUGGGAUGAAAACUUGAACGUUUGUAACAGGAACGUAGACUGUGGUGAUUUGUUGACUUCUACACCAUCAACACCGACAACAGAGGGACCAGGACCAACAGACGGGCCGGAACCAACAGAUGGACCAGAACCAACAGAUCAACCAGAACCAACAGAUCCACCACCAACAGAAGAAGCUCGGUUAGAAUAAGAAAAAUAAAAAUGAUAAACAGAAUAAAAUAAAUAAAAAUGUAAAAAUGUU